AUGGGUUUGCAUCGUUUGCCGAAAGAAACAAGAAUUACUUUCGAAAACUGGACAAUGGAUGGGUAAAGGAAAUAUGGGUGCAGAAGAUGCAGCUAUGCUGAGACGAAUGCAAGAGGACAUGCAGAGUUCACGUCAUCUUGAAUUAACACAUGACAAAAGACCGAAAUUAGAAAGAGCUCAUAGUGCUGCUGAAAAAGAAAACCUUCCGCUCCUUCAAAGAAGUGAAAGUUUAUUCCGACGACAAUAUUCUCAGCAAGAACAGGUUCCUAAUCGAAGAUUAUCAACCAGUGAUAGUGGAGUGGAAAUGUCUGUAUCCCCUCACUCUCGAAGUUUGCCAAAUCCGCAUGUUGUUGUAGGCUCUUAUCCUCAACAAACGCCGCGACACCCUGCCGCUUUCCCUGAAGACGAUCCAAACAUUUACCGAGGGGAGUUAGAUGGUUUGAUGAGACAGCAUGCGCAAACGUAUCAAAGAUCACGCUCAAUUUUUCAGGAUCAAAAGUCAAAUCUGGGUAUGCCUUACGAUCAUUCUGGCAUAGAUAUUUCACGUGUUCAUUCUCUUCAACCCCAUCAUCAUCAAAACCAAGAAAAACAUCCUCAACGACUAGUCCCCACUGAUACAAAUUCCGGAUCUUUACAUCAACAACGAAGUUUUAGUAGUAGUGAAGAGGAACGUAGUACUCCUGAAUGUGCUAGUGAUGAACCUGAUGAGUCCGAGAAGGGUGAAAAGCAAGUUCCAAUUGAGGCGAAUCUAAGAAGUACCAGGAAUAAGGCCGGUGACAGAAAUUAUCGCCAAGUGAUGCUGGCCGAGAAGAUGAAGAAAUUUCUCGCGCAGCCGCAAGGGAGCAGUGAUAACCAGAAAAUGAUUGUCCAUAUGAUUUUACGGAAAUCUGCUGGUUCUGGAGGCAUUUUAGGGUUAAAAGUAACUGGAGGACAACUUCUUGAAGAUGGUAGAAUAGGAUCAGUUAUUGAGAAGGUUAAGGAAGGAACACCAGCUGCAAUUGAUGGUCGUCUGAGGCCAGGAGAUGAAGUAAUCAAGUGGAAUAGUCAUUGUCUACAAGAUAAAAGUGCUGAAGAAGUAGCAAAUAUUAUAGCACAGUCGAGAGAUGAUACUCAGGUGGAAUUAAUAGUUGCUAGAAAUCAUUUAGAUUCAGAAGAUAGUCUGAUUACAACAGCAUCUACUUUACCUAUACGAACAUCUACGCAUGCCCAGUGGAGGCAAAUGAAUGAACAUCUUUCCAAAGGUCAAAAACCACAAUAUAAAGAGUUAUAUGAUGUUCGAAGAGGAAAACCAUCGGUAUUAGUGACUUCACCAGGAUCACCGGAUUUACACGCUCAAGGACGUGGAGGAAAUUCACAUCUCACGAGCAAUCUAAAUGUUGGUGGGAAGUUACAAGUGAAACUUGGCUACAUUUUAGCCAGUAAACGUCUGAGUAUAACUAUCUUCUGCGCCACUGAUCUUAUUCCAAGAACUAAUGGUCAACCAAGGAAUCCUUACGCAAAAAUGUAUCUUCUCCCUGAUAGAAGUGAAAUUUCAAAGAGACGUACGAAAACUUUAGCAAAUACAAAUGAACCAAAGUGGAAUGAAACAUUCGAUUACAGCCUACGAAAAUCUGAUCUUAAACGUCGAUUGUUAGAAAUAUCAGUGUGGGAUUUUGUUAUUCACGAGGCUAAUGACUUUCUUGGAGAAGCGAUAUUGGAUCUUUCUAAUGUAAUAGAAAAGUCACAAUGGCAGUGGUUGAAUUUAGUUGCACAUGAGGAACGUCGAACAAUUCGGCAAUAUCACGAACCGUAUGAUGAUAUCGCAAUUACUCCGAUUGACUACCACCUAAGUCCACCAUCCACAACGUCUCGAUUCAGUGAUUCAGACACAUCCGAGUAUGAUAUUACUGAUUGUGAUGGACCAAGAGAGCAGAGACGAACUACAGAUGGUGCGAGCAUCAGUAGUCUCGGUAGUUCAUCUAGCCACUAUUCUAGUCCACCACCUGAGAAGGAAUAUGGAAUUCUAGACAAUGAACGCUGCAGUCGUCGAGAUAUGUUGACUCAGAACAAUAAAAGAGCCGCACUAAUGAUUACCCGUGAUCAUAGUAUUACAACAUCUAAUUACAUGGCAUACAAAAAGGAUGAUCAGUCACAUGGAAUGAUAAGCCACAGAUCUUAUAGCGCAGCACCCAUGGAAUCUUCUUAUAUUAGAUACAGAGGCAGAUCACAAAGUCCUACUGGACAUCGCUCUCUUUCACCUCCUGAACAUCGAUCAAUUCCCUACGCUUAUGGUUACAUAGCUACCAGAUUUGGAUCAAGAUCAGCCACAGCAACUCCAACGGGAUCUCCGAAAAAACGUCAACUGCCACAAACACCAUUAUUGAGAGAAAGAUUGGUUCAAGAUGAUUCUGGGAAGUAUAGGUUUAUGAGACAUCAACAUCGCCCAAUUCACACAACUUAUAGAAGUACUGGGAUAGGUGUAUGGGAAAGGCAUUACAGUGGUCUAUCAGAUUCUGAUCUCCUUCUAAUUGGCCACGAACCACAACAAUUGUCCCAUACUCAUCGAUUACAAAGGCAUCGACGAAGUCAUUUGAGUCCUGAUAAAGACGUUAUGGGAGACUUUGGUGAUUCUGAUAUGGAAAGUAUUGCUUCCGUAGCAAGUAGUGCAUUUAGCACGCAAUCGGAAAGGCCAAGAGGAUCUAAAGCCCUCAUAUCGACAGUUAAGAACAUGUCGAUUCCCAAAGCCAUAUUUCCUUUGCCUUCACCUUUUAGGCGCAGUAGGCGCAGGCACAAACCUAAAUUACCUUCUAGUGAAUGUCACUACCUAAUUAGUAAUAAUAGCGUCUCCAGUAAACUCUGGAAACCCUUCAAUAAACAUCACAAUCUUACCUCUAGCCCUCACUCUUCUCUCGUACGGAGCAAAUCUGCAGUUGUUCGCUCGAUACAUGAAAAAAAUCGUAUUCCUAUGGUAAAAUCUCAAACCAUUGAUGAGAAUCUUAUGAAGUACAGCAACUCUAAGACAAGUGAAAAUGAAGUUAUCGGAGAUAUUUCUUCUGAACGUCAUUCUGUGGAUAAUUGUGACGAUACAUGUAGUGAUAUUGUUCGUGCUAAAACGACAAAAUUACGAUUUCAACAUCUAUUGAACACUAGAAUGAAACAUUCUAGUAGCAUUCCAUUUCUGCCAUAUUUAAAAUCAAAAAUCUCGAAUUAUAAUGGUGAUAAGGCUAAUGACUACUUUAUUGAUAUAAAUGAUGAGAUUAGAAAUCCAGAACUUCCUAGAAGCAUAAAAAAUAUCGAAUACGACAUGGUACAGGAUAUUUUUAGUGAUGAUAGUAUGAAAACGGCAAGAAAAAAAAUAAAAAAAAAUAUGGCUGAAUUAGGUGAAAAGUUACCAAAAAUAGAAGAUUCUAGUAGAAGUUACUAUGAUUCUAACGAAGAUAGUUCGAAAAAUUCAGAGAGCGUUCUUGAUACUGAAGAAAAAUAUGAGUGUUGUACGUAUUCUGGGGAAUCAUUUCUUUCGAAUUUUGACCAAUUUAUUGAUGAACAUGUGAGCACCAGAUCGAAUGUUCAAAUCAACAAAAAUAGUAAUAACUUUUGUAAUUUUUUGAAUAGCAAUUCAAAUGCAGAUGAAACUGUAUCUCCAGAUAGAGGAACAACAACAUUAGAAGAACAUCUUUAUGGAUUGCUUGAAAAUGAUCACAUCUAUUGUAGUAUUGAAGAUAACCCUAGUGAUUUUUACAACAAUGAUUUUAAUGUUUUGAAUGCUAGUAUAGAUAUUUCAAAGAAAAAAGUUGUUCAAGACAAACAUAAAAGCAUUUCCAGUAGUUAUGACGUCAAACAGUUGAUGCCAAAGAGAGCUAACAGCUCUGAAGGUCAUUUAGAUAAAUUUCAUUUAGGUCUUCAUUCCUCAUGUAAAGGAAAUUCUAAAUAUCAUAACAAAAUAUUCACCCGUACAUAUUAUUUACCUGAAGUUCGUGAAAGAUCACGAAGUCUUGAAGAUAAAUCUGUACCUUUUCUCCGAGAGAACAUUUAUAGUAAUUUAGAAGAUUAUCGAAACAGUGAUGGAGGUAUGCAUUUUAAUUUUAAUGGAAAUAAAAUGAAAAACUUUAUUAAGCCAAAUUAUCCACAAGAUAAGAGAGCAAUUUUAGAGAGAGCAGAAUCUACGCCCGUGUUGAUUACUGAUAAGCAGCAAGAAUUAACAUGGGAACAAUAUCAGGAAUUACUGAAGAGACAUCGGAAUAGUAGCUGUUCUGAAACUCGCGAUGAAAGAAAUUCAAACGUAAGAAGUUCACAUCGAGAAAAGGGUUUAGCAAGCAUGUUUAUGAAUUCUGAUGAAGAUUUCGGUUCCAUCGAAACAGUAGUGGGUCCUGAUGACAGAGAAAACUUUAUUGAAAAUUUGAAUCAGAAACAGCUAUCACGACAGAGAUAUCCUUUAGAAGAUGAUAUUUAUUUGAAGAGAAAAUUACGGCCAGAUCGUUCGGGUUCUUAUCCAGGUCCAUAUCUGAAAGAAAGCGCUCAUAAUCUAAGUGCUCGAAGUCGAAAAACAAGUUGUCCUGAGUGCCAAAAUUUUUAUACAACUUGUCCAAAUAAAGAAUCGCAUUCAAAGAGAAUGAAUGAAAUCGACUAUAAUUAUAAAGAACAUCGAUGUUCACUUUGUCGAGAUCUUGAGCUCAAAAUGCCUCAACAAAUAUCAUUUGAAUCGACUCAAAGAGAGCAAGGAAGUAAAAGAAAUGUUGCUAUUAGUGAUACGCUGGAAUAUUAUGAGUAUUCAAUGGAAAGCGAAAGCCAAUGCAGUGAGAACUGCGGAUUUGGCCCGUACGAUUCAUUUAGGCCCCAAAACCGAGCACCCCGCCCUGGUAAUGCUAAUUUGAAUAUCUUUGAUUCCCAAACCGCUACCUCUGACACUGCUAAAAACCCACGGGCGAACGUCUACCAUGAACUCCCAUCACGAAACGCGACACGAAAUGACGAUGACAAUUUUGCUGCUGACGACAUAAAUGGCUCACAAUCAUUACCAACUGAUGAUGGAAAAUAUGAUGGUGAUUCUCACGAUCAACGAAUCAGUAAUGACUACAACAGUUCUAGUGGAUCUUAUGAAAAAAAUUUGAGACAUCAGGGGACUUCUGAAAAUGGAUGUAGUGGACAUUCUAAAAGAGGACAAUUUGCUAGAAGUUUAAGUAAUACCGAUGCACCGUCUGAGGAAAAAGUUGCUGACGGAAGUUUAAGCGAUACGGCUGUUAGCCUUCAUGUGGAAGAGACUACAAGAAGACAACGAAAAAGUUCCCCGAGUAGCAAGAGCGGAAGUGGAAGUAGCAGUGGCGGAGGAAGUUCUAUUCAGUAUCAAGCUGGGCUUGGAAAAAAAAGUAACAGUACAAGUCAACUGUCAGCUACAGAAUGCACCAUGACUGGCGUGAACAUGGCUUCAAGGAGCUCCGGCUUCGCCAGCCGGAAACGGAACAGCACACCGAAUAGCUUUCAACGUUCGCAAGAGGUGAUGCCGAUGUAUCAACGUUCCGGAGGAUGCAAAUACAUCGGGUCUGUUGUCAGUGACACGGCGGGAUCACUUAACUCGAUUUCUAGUUCUGAAGCAAGCUCCAGUUGGUCUCCAUGUUUGAGAUCGACAGGAGAAGGUGGUCAACUUAGUGAGUUCAUUGACGGCCUUGGACCAGGUCAGUUGGUUGGAAGACAAGUACUUGGAGCUCCUUCACUUGGAGAUAUACAGUUAGCUCUAAGUCACAAAAAAGGUUAUUUAGAAGUUGAAGUCAUUCGUGCAAGAGAUCUUCAACCGAAACCCGGCAGCAAAGUCCUUCCAGCUCCAUACGUCAAAGUUUAUCUUGUCAACGGAAAGAAAUGUAUAGCCAAAGCAAAAACAACAACAGCGAGAAAAACACUAGAGCCUUUUUACCAACAACCUCUUGCAUUUCGGGAGAAUUUCCAGGGUUGUAUACUACAGGUGACUGUGUGGGGUGAUUACGGCCGACUGGAAGGAAGGAAAGUAUUUAUGGGUGUAGCGCAAAUAAUGCUAGACGACUUGAACUUCAAUGAGAUAGUAUUUGGAUGGUACAAACUCUUUGGCACCACAUCUCUGGUCAGUGGUCCUCCAUCAGUUGUUUUAUCUCGUCGCUCUUCAGCUACCUCCUUGGAUUCUUUUAAACUUUAAUACUUAUUAUUUAUUGAGAUUAAAACUAUAAAUAUUAGCAAAUGUUAUUAAAAUGACUAAAGAAUUAAAAUGUUAAUAGAAAAAGAAAGGAAGUGGAGGGGUGAAUGGAGAGAGUGCCUAUGUACACUACUAAUAAGUUAAACAGCGAUCAAUUCCCACAAAAAAUGUCACGUGAAAUUGACGUACGUAAAGUAUACGAUAGCAUUAAAUUACGUGACAAAAAUGAUUCUAUGGAGGUAUUUUAUCCUUUUUACUAUAUUAAUAAACUACCAGUAGUUACAAAGAGGUAAUUAUUAAGUUACCAAAAUAAUUAUUGAAAAAAAUGUCUUUACAGUUCGGCAAAACUAAAAACACAUCAAGAGCUGCAAUAAAAGUAGCUUUAAUCCAAUGUAAAUUAAUUUUUCUUUGUAACAUAAAAAAAUUAAUAAAUCGAUAUUCACCUGCUAAAUCGAAAAUGGAAUCUUAAGAUAAUAAGAUCCUUUUUCUUCAAAAGAGUAUGCUUUCCUCAUAAAUAAUUUCUGCUGCCCAGUUGCUUGAUCAUUAAGACUAUGAUUAAUUUUUUUACUCUCGUUAGGUAAUGAUACUUCAUAUAUCUAGAAGCACCAGAACCCAAGCGAGCUACUAUCACUUUAGACAGAUGAUUUCAGCAUAAGGUGUGAGACGCGAAUUCGCCUUCGGCUUGAGCGUGAACGCGACAUGUCUUGACUGACGCUAUCAUUUCAAGUCGAUGAUAGCUCGCUUGGAUUCUGUGAUACAUACGAUGUUUUAUAUGCUAAAGGUUGAAUAUAAGGGCACAAUUAGUUACGGCUGUUGAGUGGAACUUUAGAGGGUAAAUGAGAGACACAGUGGGAAGAG